UUCUAAGUCAAAAUCUCCAUUUGGGUCCUGCUAGUUUUUUAUUUUGUACUUUUAACUCUCUCUAAAUCUUGAAAAUAUUACUACUGUUCUUGAAAUAUUUGGUCAUGGCUUCAUCAAGUGGAACAUCAUCAGGGUCAUCAUUAUUUCUUCAAAACUCAGGCUCAGAAGAAGAUCUUCAGGAAUUAAUGGAUCAGAGGAAGAGGAAGAGAAUGAUAUCAAACAGAGAAUCAGCUCGAAGAUCAAGGAUGAGAAAACAGAAGCAUUUGGAUGAAUUAAUGGCCCAAGUUACAACACUAAGAAAACAAAAUAACCAGAUUUUGACAAGUAUGAAUGUCACCACACAACAUUAUCUUAAUGUUGAGGCUGAAAAUUCAAUCUUGAGAGCUCAAUUAGCUGAAUUAAGCCACAGGCUUGAGUCACUCUAUGAAAUUAUUACUUUCUUGGAAGCCAAUAACAAUUGUAAUGGUCUUGCCAAUAUGGACCAUAAUCAAGAAGAGCCUUAUAGCUUCAAUUUUGCACAAAAUGAACCUAUGGUUGAUGGGUUCAACAUGACCAAUUCUUGGAAUUAUCUUUGUGCCAAUCAGCCUAUUUUGACUGCAGAUGUCUUGUUGCAGUACUAAUUUGUCGGACCAGUGAAUUCUGAAUACUGAGCGGCCAGCUGGUUAUAUCGGAUGGUUGAAGAGAAAGAAUCAAGAGAUAGAAUCCUUUUUCUAAGCAAUAGAUCUAAGAUAAAAAUAUGUAUCAAGUAGUAGAGAAGUAUUAGUACUUUUGUUAAGCUUUGUCAAGUGGUGUUAAGAAUAAAUUCCGUUUGAGGGAAAUAAUAGUAGUAACUAUUGGUGUUCUUGUACAUGAUGUGGGGUUUGUUAUCUCACCUUUGGGGUCCCUCUUUCAAGAACUUAUGAAGUUGUAUUUGGGAAGUUUGUUUCUUUAUUGAUGUAAUAUAAUAUAAUAUUAUUAAUAACCA